GUCCAUCUCCAGGAUCUGUGCGUCGCUUCGCGUCGCUCUCUGCAGCUCGGCUCCUCCCGCGGCGCGGGGCGUGUCUCUGUGGGCGGGUUCGCGCGCGCUGCUGAUGUGAGGACGCAGGUGACGCGGCGCUCAGCUCCCAUCGGAAGACGCGCAGGAUCGAGACGCGUUGCUCUCUGACGGAUACUGAAAUUAUUCCGGACUGAGAUUCCAGAGAAAAGCGCAGGAAUUUGGGGAGAAGGAGAGACGGAGACGCAGAGCGUUGCGAAGGUCUGGAGAAUGCCGGAAUCAGGAGGCCAGUAAAACAUUCCUCAUGUAAGAUAAGGCUAUUUGGAAGAACAUGGACAAAUGACCCACAAGCAAAGACUCAGCCAUGAGCAUCACCUGUGGUCAACAGGACUCUAGAUAGCUGCAUCACGCCACUCAGCAUUAGCCUGAAGGAAACCCAAGAACCACAGUGCUUUGAAACCUCAAUUGGAAACCUUUCAGAGAAAUCUUACAUUGAUAACCAAGCUGGGGCUGAAAAGCAGGGAUUCUCAUCUGUCCCUCAUCACACCCUGCUUGUGCCCAAUGCACCUACCAAUGGAGAGACUACGGAUAGAGUCUGGAUAAAGUGGAGACAGGCCAAGAAAGAGAGAGAAAACGAGUGAACGACUGGCCCGUCUUGGCCUUGUCUGUGAUCGCGGUCAAAGAGAAACUCUGAACGCUAUCUCAGCUCUGCCGAGAGCAGGUUUCUGAGUUCGUAUCAUCUGGGUUUUGAAAUGCAGUCUGGGUGCUGGUCCUCUCUUUGGCCACUGUGGCCCUUGCUGUUGGCCGGACUCUUUCUGUCAGCAGGGGCCCUGGAGUUUGGCGGGGCCCCGGGGCAAUGGGCUCGCUACGCCCGCUGGGAGGCCGGCUCCAUAGGGGAGCUUAGCUUUAGCCUGAAGACCAAUGUGAGCAAGGCGCUGGUUCUGUAUCUUGAUGACGGUGGGAACUGUGACUUCCUGGAGCUGCUGAUUGGCGACGGACACCUGCAGCUGCGCUUUGCCAUCCACUGCGCCGAGCCGGCCGCCCUGCAGAUGGAGACCCGGGUCAAUGACGACCGCUGGCACAUGGUGCUUCUCACCCGCAACUACCGUGAGACCAUGCUGAUGGUAGACGGUGAGACCAAAGUGGCGGAGGUGCGCUCCAAGCGCAAGGAGAUGGCGGUGGUUAGUGACCUGUUUGUAGGGGGCAUUCCGCCGGACGUGCGUCUGUCCGCACUCACGUCCAGCACGGUCAAAUAUGAGCCUCCCUUCAUGGGCCUGAUCUCCAAUCUGAAGGUGGGUGAGAUGCCUCCCACUCUUCUCAACAGCAACGGCAUUCAUAACGAUCUGGAGUAUCUGUGCGUCAAGCAGAACCCUUGUCUCAAUGGAGGGUACUGCACCGUCCAGUUCGGCGAGGUCCACUGUGACUGCUCCCACACUCGCUUCCGAGGAAAAUACUGCAAAGAAGAAGAGUACGCUGUGGAAGGUCUGGCGCACCUGACGUUAAACAGCCAAGGAGACUCGUCUGUAGUGGGGAAAGAAGAAUCGGUGGCCACCUUCAAGGGGAACGAGUUCUUCUGUUACGAUCUGUCCAUGACUCCCAUCCAGAGCAGCACGGACGAGAUCACGCUGUCCUUCCGGACGCUCCAGCGCAACGGCCUGAUGCUGCACACUGGAAAGUCUGCCGACUACGUCAACCUUUCUCUGAAGAGCGGCGCCGUCUGGCUCGUCAUCAACCUGGGCUCCGGCGCCUUCGAGGCGCUCGUGGAACCGGUGAACGGGAAGUUUAACGACAACGCUUGGCACGAUGUUAAAGUCACGCGAAACCUGCGACAGCACUCAGGCAUUGGACACGCUAUGGUAAACAAACUGCAUUAUAUGGUCACCAUCUCGGUGGACGGCAUUCUGACAACCACCGGGUACACGCAGGAGGACUACACCAUGCUGGGCUCCGACGACUUCUUCUACAUCGGAGGAAGCCCGAACACGGCCGACCUGCCCGGGUCUCCGGUCAGCAACAACUUCAUGGGCUGCCUGAAAGACGUGGUGUACAAGAACAACGACUUCAAGCUGGAGCUGUCGCGUCUGGCCAUCGAGAGGGACCCCAAGAUCAGCCUGCACGGGGACCUGGUGUUCCGCUGCGAGGACGUGGCGGCCCUCGACCCGGUGACCUUCGAGACGGCAGAGUCCUACAUCGCCCUGCCGCGCUGGGACACCAAGAAGACCAGCUCCAUCUCCUUCGACUUCCGCACCACCGAGCCCAGCGGCCUGCUGCUGUUCAGCCACGGCAAGCCCCAGAGCAGCAAAGAGCAGCGGCCCGGCCGCGAGACCAAGACCGACUACUUCGCCAUGGAGCUGCUGGACGGGUUCCUCUACCUGCUGAUGGACAUGGGCUCCGGCAGCAUCAAGCUCAAGACCAGCAACAAGAAAGUGAACGACGGAGAGUGGUGCCACGUGGACUUCCAGAGAGAAGGACGGAGAGGCUCCAUCUCCGUCAACAGCCGCUCCAUCCCCUUCAGCUCUAACGAGGGCAGCGAGAUCCUGGACCUGGACAGCGACAUGUAUCUGGGCGGUUUGCCGGAGAGCGGUCAGGGCCUGAUCCUGCCGCCCGAGGUCUGGACGGCGCUUCUCAACUACGGCUACGUGGGCUGCGUCCGCGACCUCUUCAUCGACGGCAAGAGUCGUGACGUGCGGCGGCUGGCCGAGAUCCAGAGCGCUCCGGGCGUCAGCAGCUUCUGCACGCGUGAGCUCCAGAAGAGGUGCAGCAGCGCCCCCUGCGCCAACGGAGGACAGUGCAAGGAGGGCUGGAACCGCUACAUCUGUGACUGCACCGGCACCGGCUUCCUGGGCAGCAACUGUGAGAUCGGGUCGACGGUGCUCAGCUAUGACGGCAGCAUGUAUCUGAAGGUCAUCAUGCCCAGCACGCUGCACACGGAGGCCUCUCGUGUAGAGUCUACGCUCAUGUCUCAGCGGGCGUACGGGCUGCUCAUGGCCACCACCUCCAAAGAGUCGGCCGACACGCUGCGGCUGGAGCUGGACGGAGGACGGGUCAAACUCACCGUCAACCUCGACUGUAUCAGGAUAGACUGUAACCUCAGUAAAGGUCCAGAGAUCCUGACGGCCGGUCAGAAGCUGAAUGAUAACGAGUGGCACUCAGUGAAGGUGGUCCGGCGCGGGAGGAACCUGCAGCUGUCUGUUGAUAACGUGACCGUUGAAGGUCAGAUGACCGGCGAUCACACGCGGCUGGAGUUCCACAACAUCGAGACGGGGAUCAUGACGGAGCGCAGGUUCAUCUCCGUGGUGCCGUCUAACUUCAUCGGGCACCUGCAGGGCCUGCUGCUGAACGGCGUGCCGUACCUGGACCAGUGUAAGAACGGAGACAUCUCGUACUGUGAGCUGAACGCCCGCUUCGGCAUGCGCCACAUCAUCGCCGACCCCGUGACCUUCCGGAACAAGGGCAGUUACCUGGCGCUGGCCACGCUGCAGGCCUACGCCUCCAUGCACCUGUUCUUCCAGUUCAAGACCACCAGCACCGACGGACUGCUGCUCUUCAACAGCGGAGACGGCAGCGACUUCAUCGUGGUGGAGCUGGUCAAAGGGUACGUCCACUACGUGUUUGACCUCGGGAACGGCCCGUCUCUGAUGAAGGGGAACUCAGAGAAGCCUCUCAACGACAAUCAGUGGCACAACGUGGUGGUUUCACGAGACACCAACAACGUACACACGCUCAAGAUAGACUCUCGCACCGUGACACAGCACUCUAACGGAGCCAGGAACCUGGACCUCAAAGGAGAGCUGUAUAUCGGUGGAGUAGCUAAGAGCAUGUACAGCAGCCUGCCGAAGCUGAUCGCCUCCCGGGACGGGUACCAGGGCUGCCUGGCCUCCGUGGACCUGAACGGACGCCUGCCGGACCUGCUAGCAGACGCCCUCCACAGAGUCGGCCAGGUGGAGAGAGGAUGUGACGGACCCAGCACCACCUGUACGGAGGACUCGUGUCAUCAUCAGGGGGUGUGUCUGCAGCAGUGGGAGGGCUUCUCGUGUGACUGCACCAUGACGUCCUACGGGGGCUCGUACUGCAGCGAUCCCGGGACGACCUACAUCUUCGGCCGCGGAGGGGCCCUCAUCACGUACACGUGGCCCCCGAACGACCGGCCGAGCACGAGAGCGGACCGGCUGGCCGUGGGCUUCAGCACGCAGCUGAAGGAGGCCAUUCUGGUGCGGGUGGAGAGUGCCAAGGGGCUCGGAGACUACCUGGAGCUUCACAUAGAGCGCGGGAGGGUCGGCGUGAUCUUUAACGUGGGGACGGACGACAUCAUCAUCGAGGAGAGCGGCGUGAUGGUCAGCGAUGGGAAGUAUCACGUGGUCAGAUUCACACGGAGCGGCGGGAACGCCACACUACAGGUGGACAACCUGCCCGUGCUGGAGCGCUUCCCUUCAGGUCGGCAGCUGACGAUCUUCAACAGCCAGGCGUUCAUUAAGGUGGGCGGUGGAGAGAAGGGCCGUAACUUCCAGGGUCAGAUCUCGGGGCUGUACUAUAACGGCCUGCAGGUGCUGAAGCUGGCGGCCGAGGGCGACCCCAACGUUCAGGUGCAGGGUAACCUCCGUCUGGUGGGAGACGUGCCCUCGGUCAUGAGCACCGACACCACCUCCACCACGCCCCUCGCAGACAUGUCCACCACCAUCAUGGAGACCACCACCACCAUGGCCACCACCACCACCCGCAAGCAGCGCUCGCCCACCAUGAGAGACAGCGUCACGCAGAAUACUGACGAUCUGUUAGUAGCGUCAGCUGAAUGUCCGAGUGAUGAUGAAGAUCUCGAGGAGUGUGAGCCUGGAAACGGAGGUGAACUAGUGUUGCCAAUUAUAACUGUGGAUUCCCUUGACCCCCCGUCAAUUGUGACUCGUUACCCCGUUAUCCCCCCGCCCCCGACCUAUCGCCCCUUCCUCACCUUGCUCGAGACCACCAAAGAGUCUCUCCCCUUGCCUGGCCGCCCCCCCUGUCCGCUGGACCAGGAGGACUGCGAAGAGCCCAUGGAGGUCUCGGCCUACGGCUCGGGUGAGAUGACGGAGUCUGACGAUGAGGACUACUAUAAAAACUCCCACCUUGUCACUGACCGGACCGUACUCCCCCCUCCCCCCGCGGCCGGGAACCCCCGAGGUGACCGGCCCUUCGCCCGUUUGCCUGAGUCCCAUCGCCCGCCGCUUCCGUUCACCCCCACGGCCCCCCCGGUGCCCCGGCUCAAACCCGGCAUCAACAGCGGCCCCAACAUCCCCGCGGGUAAAAUGAACACCCGUGACCAGGUGCUGCUGCCGCCUGUUCAGCCAUCGGGCGACCCUGAACACGGCGGGCGGCAUCGGCACAUCCCAGGUAUAACAUAUCCUCCCAAUUUCCCCCAUGUGCCCACUACAGACCCCUCGUCGCCGGACCGAGGGCCUCCUGGAGCGGUGGAAGUGAUCCGAGAGUCCAGCAGCACGACGGGCAUGGUGGUGGGCAUCGUGGCCGCAGCUGCCCUCUGCAUCCUCAUCCUGCUCUACGCCAUGUACAAGUAUCGCAACCGCGACGAGGGCUCCUACCAGGUGGACCAGAGUCGCAACUACAUCAGCAACUCAGCCACACAAAGCAAUGGCGCCCUGGUGAAGGAGAAGCAGCCCGGAGCAGCCAAGACGGGCACAAAGAGCAAGAAGAACAAAGACAAGGAGUAUUACGUCUGAGCUCGGCCCCUCCCAAGGGACCGAGGCGGAAGCGAGGGGGAGAAGGAGAGAGAUAUGAUGAGGAAUGGAAAGGGAGGUCCGGGUAUUUGUCAGCAGUUUACCGGUCACAUUUAGAGCUCUGACAUCAGUCUUCUUUAGUUUCCCGUCUCGUCUAGCUGUUGGCCUCAUUUCCAGCAAGAGCUAAAGAGUUCGAAAGCAUCUAGGGUUCGGAAUCAUCCCCUCCCUCAUUUCCAUUUUUGAUAGCUAAUCCCUACUACAGAAAAGAAACUCUGCAAACCUUUUGUAUUGAAGAAAAGUGGAUUUUUCCUCACGUGUAAAUUGACACACUAGUUUGUUCUUUGUAAAUACUACGCCAGUCCUUAAUAUUCAGAUCAUCUCCUAACCUGAUGUCAAAACACCCGUGCACGCCAGGCUGCUUGGGCGAUCCAUUGUUGCUUUAUCAGAGCAUUGGAUGCGGUUGAGAAUCGUUUGGGAACAAGAGCAGUUCAGCUGGAACGGCUUGGCAUAGGUGACAUUUCAGGAACAGAUGGUGGCGAAAACGUUUAGCAGUCACACUCCUCCGUAAUACUGCCAAACCAGCUCCGUGUCAAAUCCGUCUCCCUCUCUUUCCAAGUGCUUCACGUUUCCAUCCUCCGCUCCCAUCAUCCCUCUCUUUCUCUCUUUCCCCGCACCCUUUCUUGGCUUGUUCUCUCUUUUUCUCCUUGUCCUUGGUGCUCAGGAGCAGAUGCAACGUAAUUCUGUUGUGUUUCCAGCAUGUGGUAUUCAAAAUGAAAAGAGACAAAAACUGUUUCUGUGGAGUCAAACAAAUAAUUAUAUAUCUAUAUAUCGAACCGUUACAACUAGCGAAACAUCUGUGGAUGAUCCCUUCAGCCGCCUGGACUCUCGGAGGCCCACAGCCACCUCGCGUUCAAGCAAAUACCCGUCAUGUGUUUUUGGGGUUCCCCAGGGCUCUGUCCUGGACCCACUGAGGAUCUUGGUUUCUGCUUCACAUUCAAGAACCUGAAACCCCCAACAGCAAAUAGAUAUAUUCAUAUACAGAUAUUUGAAAAGACAAAGGGACACGAGCGACUGAAGGUCUGACGAUCAAGACCCUCAUCAUGAAACCGUAUCAGUGGAAAACAGCAGAGCAGGAUGCUAGGAUGUCUUUUGUUUUGUUUUUUAUGUGUGUGUGUGUGUGUGUGCUUUUUUUUAUUUCGUCACAAUGUCAAAGGGAAAAGACAAUGACGUUCCGGUUAAUGUACAUCCCGUGUAGGGAACGUGAACUCACCUGGGUCUUUGACCACGUUCUCUCAGGAGGAAAGUAGGUAUGAACUUGAGUGGAACGAACACUCUGGAAAGAAAGUCGAAUGGCCGGUUCCUUGGAAGGUGUACAUCUCGAACUCUAGUAUUCUAAUUUUCUCGACUCUAUUAAAAGAACUAAACUCUACAAUGAAAAGAAAAUGUUUAAAACAGUUUGUGAAAUGUCUAAAUAUUUGAAUCUCAUCCCAGUGCUCAAAGAGAUGUGUUUUUCCUAAUUAUCCCUAAGAGAAAAAAAAAGAAAGUGCAGUGAAGUGCAAAGAUCAAUGAAUCGGAUUCCAGAAAGCAGAUGCUCUUUUGAAUAUUAAACAGCAAAAUGUGAUUUGGUUUACAAGAGAACAUUUCCUUUAUCAGAUGGGAGAGUAUCUCCUUGUAUCCAGAAGACUUUGAUCGUCGACUCCAUCCUCCGUUUAAAUCAUGUCGCUCGCUUUUCCCAGCGUGUGGAGGGCUGUUCAUAUUCCAUACUCGCUCGACGAGGACCAGACAUCAUCACUCGAUUCCACUCGUCCAUCUCGGGGUGUUUGUGUAAGCUCGUCUGUCUGCGUGAAUGCGUUUCCAUCCUUUCCGUUCCUGUUCAGGUUUGUCGGUUGCGUUUCUCCUCAGCUCCCUUGUUCUUUCUAAAUGUUAUUGUAGAGUGUUCCAGUGAGAUGAAUCUGCAUACGUGUAUAUUAACAGAAGGGAAUACAAUUGGUUAUAUACUUCUUA